GUGCAACGUAGCAAAGGACCGACAAACGGACACCAUUCAGUAUAUGUUUUGUUUGUCAUAGAUUGGACACCCCUUUCUUGCGUUUGUUGCUUCAUUAAAAACAAAGUCCAUCUUGGUAGAUCUUGGUGGCGAUAAAUUUUUUUCAAUCAUCAUAGGCUUGGGAGAAAUGAAACGCACGAAAAAUCAAAAGAGUGAACCAUUAUCUAUAAAAGUUUUCCCGCUUUCUUGUUCGUUUUCUUGCAUCUGACCAGCGUUCAAAAAACUUGUCGACGUCUUCUCUGGUGCACACAUCUGACGAAUAAUUUCAAGACGAAGCCAUGAUCUUUUUACCUCUUUCGCGUUCUUCUCAUUAUGGCUACUCAUUUACGGUAAACCGUGAAGACGAUGCCCUGGCCCACGAGAAGUUUCUGGCAUUGCAAUCUGAUUUAUCGGAUGUGGAGCCUUCGCUAACUUCGUUAACGGAAGACAAGGAAGUCGAGGCACGCACAUGGAAGGAUAUGCUGGAACCUGAAGUACUUCUUGGUUACUGUCUUACCGCCCAACAAAUAAAGUAUCAAGAGAUUAUGAACGAGCUUAUCAAUACGGAGCAAAAUUAUUCGGAAGACAUUGUCCUCCUGUACAGGAUUUUUGGCAAGGAGAUUCUUGCUCAAAGCAAUAUACCCGAAUGUCUGCGGUUGAUCUUUACCAGCUUAUUAGAAAUUAUCAAAUUGCACGCGCGCUUGCAUAAAGAAUUACGCGUGCGUCAGCAUAAGCAAUUCCCUAUCUUAAUUAGUAUCGCCGAUAUAUUUCGCGAGCACGUUUCUUCAUUUACUGUAUACAGUGACUACUACAUGAACUUUGAGGAAGCCAACGAUAUCAUCAUGAACUGCAUGUCUAUCGAAGAAGAUCCGCUUGGUAUUUUUAUAAAAAAUCGAAUGAACUGGCCCGAAUGCCGUAAUCUGACACUCCAGGCCUUUCUAUUAAAACCUAUUCAACGGCUCAUGAAAUACCCACUCUUUUUCAAGAAUCUUUGCUGCUGCUUUUCAGCAGAAGAUACUCUAUUGGCGGACCAUAAAUUAUUCCUUAUUGAGAUCGAAAGCAUCAUUCGCUCCAUCGAGAAAGAUACAAAAGACAUCAACGAACAUAAAAAAUUGCAAGAGUUAGCCACACGUAUCCAGGGUUUAGAACAAUAUGGCAUUAAUCUGACAGAAUCAGGUCGACGCCUCGUGCAUGAAGGAUAUCUUACGUACUUGCCAACGGCACAGACACCGUUAACCAUCCCAUCCUGGCCGGACGAUGAGGACAAACCUCCCAUUGAUAAACCUCAUCCAAAUGCCGUUAUGCAACGGAAGCUGGGUAGUAAAAGAAAGCGGGUUUACGUAUUUCUUUUCAACGACAUGAUCCUCUGUACAUCGACACAAGUUCGUUCCAUCGUUAUUGGGCAGCAACGGACCUCGAGCAACAAAUCGUGUUAUGGGAUUGGGCCGCAUGUACACUUCCAAAUCGUUCAGGUUCCCGGCCAGAUCACGCUGACAGAUCGAUACGUGACUCGACGCGCAAGUUCGAUGACUUCUCCUCGAGAGGGACCUGCCAAGUCUUUAAGCCGAUUCAGUCUUCGCAAAAACCGAGUAAACGUCGAACGAUCCCACUCCCAAAGUAAGAAACAAGAGGUCUACGAAGAGCAUCCUCGCCAGUUUGUGUGCUCGAUUGCGGCCAAUUCAAUAGCGAACAUGUUAUUUGAGACUGACACGGCCCAAGAGAAGAAAGUGUGGUGCAACCAGAUGGAGCGUGUAUUGAGUCAGCAUGUGCAGCGUCCAGCUUGGUGGGAUGCUGAACCUGAACCUACGUCGCCGUCUGUAUUCGAAGCGUUUGCACCAGAUCAAGUGCAAGAGAAUGGUCAUACUUUCCCAGAAACCGAGGAUACUAUGAUGUGGGAUGCCGAAACCGAGAAUAUGACAUCCGCUGUGUCCCCGCCGCCGGUGGUCGAUGUCGCACAAAUAGUUGAUCAGCACGGUGCCGCUUUAAGUUAUGGUGAGACAGCAACACAUGAAAACCAAAUCACGCUCAUGGAACCCUCAUCAACACCACCCGAACCAUAUCAAUAUUCUCAUUACACUGAAUAUAAUACAUCCGCAUUAUUCCUCCAACCGUCCGUGUCACACACAUCACACCAUCACGGCCACAGCAUCGGAUAUAGGAGCGAGGCGGUUCCCUGUAUGGAAUGUCUGCGCGUCGACCCGCCUGUGAAGACAGUUGCAGCUCGACAUGUGACAACGCUCGUCAACCAUGCUUCUCAUCAAGCUAUACGCUAUCCCUCAUAAUACCAUGCGCGAUCUUUUCAUCAUACUAUAGCAUCUGCUUAACCAGUAGCGCAACCUUGCAGCCAUAUACAUUUCCUCAUCGGUCUAUUGAUGAUCGGCCACUUCACUUAUUAUAGCAUUCACAUGCAGAAAUGCAUGCUCACUGUAUUCUAUCAUCUUACUGCAUGCCAUGAUUAUCCUUGCUGUUUUUCCACGUAUAGAUUCUUUUGACUCUUGUAGAUUGAUUGAACUUGCAAAUAAAAUAAAAAAUUACUCUCAUUCAUUCAAAC